AUGGAGCACAAGAAGAUCAAGCGGUGCCGCGAUUACUACGAGAUCCUGGGGGUGAGCCGCGACGCCGGCGAGGAGGAGCUGAAGCGGGCCUACCGCAGGCUGGCCCUCAAGUUCCACCCCGACAAGAACCGCGCGCCCGGAGCCACCGAGGCCUUCAAAGCAAUAGGCAACGCUUUUGCAGUGCUGAGCAACCCUGAGAAACGGCUGCGCUACGAUGAGCUGGGCAGUGGCCACGAGCACGUCAGCACUGGCCAGGCCAGGCACUACCAUUACUACACAGAAUUUGAAGCAGACAUCACACCAGAAGAAAUAUUCAAUGUGUUUUUUGGUGGGCACUUCCCUACAGGGAAUAUCCACAUGUUCUCCAAUGUAGCCAGAGAUGCUCACUAUUACCCACGGAGGCACCGGGCUGAGAGGGCGUGGACUCAGGAGCCAGAGGAGGAGGAGCACAGGCCACAGAAUUCAUACUCUGCAUUUAUCCAGUUGAUGCCAGUUUUCAUCAUCAUAAUAGUGUCAGUUAUAACCCAGCUGAUGGCCACCAACCCACCCUACAGCUUAUUCUACAAAUCGUCCAUAGGCCACGUUGUCAGCAGAGAAACAGAGAACUUGCAGGUGCCUUACUAUGUUGAUAAAAACUUUGAAAAGAAUUAUCAAGGAGCAGAACUUCAAGAGCUUGAGAAAACAGUUGAGAAAGAUUACAUAGACUACAUUCAGACCAGCUGCUGGAAGGAGAAACAGCAAAAGUCUGAUUUGUCCAAUUUGGCCAAGCUCUACAGAGACGAGCGGUUAAAACAGAAGGCAGAGUCCCUGAAACUUGAGCACUGUGAGAAGCUCUCCAGUCUGAUUGGGAUGCACAAAGGGGGCUGAGCAGGAUGCACACCUAAUGUACUUUUAUUUAUUGCUGUUUUCACUUAGGUUUUUCUUUUCCUUCGUGUGAAAAGGGAAGGAGUCUGUUGUAAAGUCUGGAUAUUGGAGUCCCUCUGCAGGGAGGGGCCAGCACGAGCUGCAGGGCUGCUGUUGCUGUAAUAUAUCCUGUACAUUAGAUUUGGUUCCAAGGACCAGUGGCACUUUGUAAAUUCGUUCCCCAGGACGCUGAGCUCAGACCUGUCUGCCUGGGCUGUGUGUGCUUCCCAGGAGAGCAGGCUCCUCCCGGCUUCCCUCAUUUCCUGCCAUCUGCAGCUCCCCGGAUCCCCGGGCAGCGCCCUGCUGGGGCUGCUGUCACCUCCCCCUGUCCCUCGGGGCUGUGCCACCGGCCUGGGGUGGUUCCCGUGCAGGAGGGACUGUCCCUGCCCCAGGGGAGGCACAUUCCCAGCUCUCCAGGGGAGGGCUGUGCCCAUCCUGACACCAGCACGGGAGUCUGGGAAUUGCACCCAUUCCAGUGCCAGACUGUUGGGAGAGCAGAGCUGUGCUCAUUCCCUCCUCUGUUUCCAGUGGCAGAUUUUGAAGCUGGCUAUUCCAUUCUGGUUUUUAUCUGCACACUCCCCCCAGCUCUCCCCAGGGCCCUGCUUUUUUCCAGUACAGUUCUCAUGUAGCAUAUUUUUACUCUGUUGAGCAGCUAUGAAUGUUUCACUGUAGACAUGAUAUUGCAAAGAAAAAGAUCCAUGUGGCAAUGUCCUGGUUUUUCUUGAUCCUCCUUUACACAGCCAGGCCUUGAGGGGCAGGUUGAUGCUGGGUUGUCCUUGUGAGCAGCAAGUGUUAGACCAAGGUUAGGCCAGUGUUGCUCCAGCUGAGCACCAUGAACCCCCUCAGGCAGGCUGGUGUGUGCCCUGCAUGGAACGAGCUGCUUUUCCAGAAAAUUCCUGCCUGUGGUGGGGGCUCCCAGAGCAGCACUGCUCCCCCCUGACCCUGGGAAUGGCAGGCAGGGACACCUGAGCAAGGCUCUGCUGCUGCCACACGCCUGAAACUCGAGUCACACAGGAUGCACAGGUGGUCUUGGCUGAAGCCUAGGGAGGUUUCAAAAGCUUGGGAAAUGCCAGGAUUAAACCUGCCUUUAAAGCUCAGACUGGCUGCGUGCUGAGCACUGGUGCAGUGCUGUAGGAGUCCCACUGGAUGGAAUUGGGGGUGUUGGUGCCACAGUGUGUCACCUGCUUGUCCCUGUCCCAUCCAUGCUGCUCUGGGACGUUUGGCAGGAAAGGAAGCUGGAAAAAAAAAAAACUUUUCUGGGUUUUGCAUGAGGAUGAGGGGUUGGUUUGAGGUCUGGUGCUUCUGCACAUGAACCCUAAACAUCCCAGCUGGGAGGAGAACAUUGCACAGACAGCAACAGUGCUGUGGUGGGAUGUCAUAAAAGG